AAAGCAUGCACAAUAUUGUUGUCGUGGGGAUGGCUAUUUAAAAGUAGUUGAACUGUUCAGAUGUGAGAUAGUGCUUUGUGCGUUGAGUUCGAGAGACUUGGAGAGUUACCUGCGAUCUCUUAGACGACUCCUCUUCUUUUGAGAAAGAAAAAGAUGAGUUAUUUAGGUGUUGGUGUUAGUCCUGGAAAUGUACCAGUGUAUCAUGGCACUAACUUGAAGGUUAUUGAUAGGAGAGUGAGGCUAGCAGAGUUGGUCUUGAGGUGUGUGAUCUGUUGUUUAGGAGUUCUUGCUGCUGUUCUUGUUGGUACAGAUACUCAAGUUAAAGAAAUCUUUUCAAUUGAAAAGAAAGCAAGAUUCACUGACAUGAAAGCUCUUGUCUUUUUGGUGGUGGCUAAUGGGAUAGCAGCAGCCUACUCAUUGGUUCAAGGGGUGCGCUGUGUUGUGGGCAUGGUUAAAGGAAGUGUUCUGUUUAGCAAGCCCGUGGCUUGGGUUAUUUUCUCUGGGGAUCAGAUGAUGGCAUACCUAACUUUGUCUGCAGUGGCAGCUGCUGUGCAAUCGGCAUCAUUUGCGAAGUUGGGACAGCCUGAUCUCCAAUGGAUGAAGAUAUGCAACAUGUACGGGAAGUUCUGUAACCAAGUUGGUGAGGGAAUAGCAAGCGCGCUGUUGGUCAGUGUUAGCAUGGUUGUCUUGUCCUGUAUCUCUUCUUUCAGUCUCUUCCGCUUGUAUGGUGGCAACAAGGGCAAGGACGGUGCAAGGUGGUAGGUUCUCAGAACUACCGUUUCUGGUCAUUGCACCACCCUGCUCUACCAUAUUUAUGUGAUUCGGAAUGUCCUGUAAUAUGGUGGCCUUUUCUUAGAUAUGAAGAGAUGCAAAGUAAAAUAGUGCAUGAUCUGUGACCUCAAUGCUGACAAUAAAUCAACGUUGCGUUCUGUGGAUACAUCAAUGGUUUGUGUCUUUAGCAUGCUUCCUCUGUCAACUAACUAGGACUCAGAGUGCUGGAUUUUGAUUAGGAUUGUUCAUUCUGUCUGUCAUAGUUUAUCUUUCUUGUGUUUUUUGCAUCUAUAUAUGAAUGUCAAAUUAAUAUUUGCGCUC